UCUUAUCUGCAGUUGGGGUGUUUGUCGUUCUCCUGGCUGUCCUCUUCCUCUUCAUCAACAAGAAGCUGUGCUUUGAAACCAUAGGAGGCCUUCCCUAUCUCGAGCAGCAAGGGAAGAGAAAGCGCUCCAGGGACAAGACGGGGGCCUGCCCGGGGCUGGCUGAGAAGUUUUGAGACUGAAAUAUUCACAGCCAAUAAGAGACCUCCAUGUCAAACACAGUUGCUCCGUUCCCUGCAAAGAUCUACUUCAUAAACUUGGUGAUAGCAAAAAGUGAGCUGCCUGGGUUUACUCAUUGCUGACCAUGCUUCCGUGCUGUGCAUGCUGUCUUUAUUUGUAUGCUAAUAAAGUUUUGGUUAAUUAAAAAAAGAGACCUCCAAUUAAAUUCUCAUCGUACUUAUUCUGUAGUUCACAUUAAGUACUGAAGGAAUGAAGCAAGAAGAUAUUGUAGACAUCAGGUAGUUGGCCAUGGUGUUGGCCAUGGCGUCUCAGGAUGCCCAGAACUUCUUUCAGCCUUUAUCGUCCUGGAUUUUUUGGGUGUAUGAAGCUCUCCAGCAAGCAGGAGACACGUUAUCUGCUUCACUGGUUCAUGUAAACAAGCAAGACUCAAAAUUGAGGGAGAAGCCAGACCAGGACUCAGAUGAUAUUCAGAUCCAGGAAGCCUGCUUUGAACGUGCACAAGGUGAUAAGUGCAGGAGACCAGAGCAAGCGAGUUCCCUGUUUCUGGAAAAGGAGGGUCAUUUCUCCUGCUGUGACAGUGACUUGCAGGACUCUGUCCAAACUUCAAGACCCCGAUUUAGACAACACCCCAAAGACUUGAGUUCUAUAGGAUCCCAGCCACCUCGUGAGACCUUGCAUGGCCCAAAGCCCCAUGUACUUUCUUCUAUUGCUGAGGAAGAGCUUUGCUUUGAAGAGCAAAAACGUGACCUUCAGCAUGGCUUUGACUCCCAGCUAGCUGGCAUGUUAGAAAAGGUGAACGGAAAAAGGCAAGUUAACAGCUUUGGGGACAAUGAAGAGCCAUCCAUGUCUUCUGACAGCGAUGAGGAUGUGAUCAAACAAUUUGAGAUCUCUGUGUCCCGAUCCCAGAGUUUUCAUGCAGGAGCGUCUGAGAAAGGAAAGCCAACAGAAUUGGAGCAGAUAUCAAAGGGUAGCUGGCUGCUCUCCACCCACCAAGAAGAUAGCAAUGAAACAUCCACCUGUGAAGACUUGGAUGGAACCAGCCAACUGAGUUAUUCUGAGAUUCAGUCACAUGGAGACCGGCCCAUCUCUACCCUCUCACAUACCUCAUGUGAGAGCCGGGGCACCAGGCAUCAUGGCACAUCUCACCAAGAGACCAGCACGGUCCCAGGCCUCAGCCAUCUACCUGCGGAGGGCAGCUUGCAGAUGGAGACAGCCUUCAGCAGCCGCGGUUUUGAAGACACCUUUGCCACUGACACCUCAUCCAUGUGGAGUCCAGAGGAGCAGAAUGGGACAAAUCUGCAGGUGCCACCCAGGAUCUUGGAGCCCAUCUCAAAGUGUGGUGACUUAGAUGUCAUCUUUGAAUACAGAGCUGUGACCCAGAAGCUCACGGUGACCAUUGUGAGAGCGCAGGGCCUUCCGGAUAAGGACCGAUGUGGCAUCAAUUCCUGGCAAGUUCACGUAGUGCUGCUGCCCAGUAAGAAACAAAGGGGCAGGACGAACAUACAGAGAGGACCCAACCCUGUCUUCAAAGAGAAGGUCACCUUCACCAAGGUGGAUCCCAGAGAUAUGGCUACCUGUGCUAUCCGUUUCCGCCUGUAUGCUGCCCGUAAGAUGACCCGAGAAAGAAUGAUGGGAGAAAAGCUGUUCUACCUCAGCCACUUGCACCCAGAAGGGGAAGUGAAAGUUUCUCUGGUUCUGGAGCCAAGAAGUAAUAUAAGCAGUGGAGAGUCCCCGCUCAGCCCAUCUGUGGUUUCUCACAGUGAUAGUGCUUCGUCCACGCAGUCGCUGGCUCAUGGAGGGGUGCCAGAGCUGUUGGUGGGGCUGUCUUACAAUGCCACAACAGGGCGAUUAUCUGUGGAAAUGAUCAAAGGCAGCCAUUUCCGCAACCUCGCUGUUAACCGAGCUCCUGAUACAUAUGGAAAACUCUUCCUCCUGAAUUGUGUGGGUCAGGAGAUGUCCCGCUGCAAGACAUCCAUUCGGCGUGGCCAACCCAAUCCUGUCUAUAAGGAGACCUUUGUUUUCCAGGUAGCCCUCUUCCAGCUCUCUGAUGUCACACUGAUGAUUUCCAUUUAUAACCGGCGAACGAUGAAGCGUAAGGAGAUGAUUGGCUGGAUUGCUCUGGGCCAAAACAGCAGUGGAGAGGAGGAGCAAGAUCACUGGGAGGAAAUGAGGGAGAGUAGAGGCCAGCAGAUAUGUAGGUGGCACACGUUGUUAGAAUCAUAGGCUUGUCAGCCCGCAUCUGUGUGCUGCGCCAGCCUCAGUCAUCUGUGUUGCUGGCUCCUGAAACCAAGUCAGCACAUCUUUUGGGCUUUUCAGAUAGAGAUUUUUCUCAUCCUGGGAUGUUCUGAGUGGGAUCCUUUUGUGUCUCAAUAGUUUAAUUUGAAUUUAAGUACUGUAACAGAAAACCUACUUACACAGCCAAGCAUAUAAUACUGGAAACAUUACCCUAGUUGAGACCACUGGGCGAUGAGUAAAAUUGUGCUAAUAGAUGGUUGAGUCUUGGUUCACACUAUGGGACACAGCUUCUUCUGCUGUCUGCGCUUGGAGAGCUGCCGGAGAGUGCAGGGAGCUGCCAGCCGCCAUCACCUAUGGUCUCUUAGGCGAAUCAGUUAGAAUCAUCUUUGUGAAAAAUCCCAAGAUUUGGAAAUGAAUCUGAUGCUUCUAAAUAUAAUACAUAAUUCUUUAUGUCACAUUUUUCUCUUUAUGAAACAUGACUUAUCUAAAAAGCAAUUGUUAUAAAUUUGUGUUUAUAAAAUAAAUUUACCUUCAUUAUAUAUUCAUCUCACAUGUUAUGCUUUUGAUGAGAAUUGGGUAUAUGAAUCAUUUGAAGUUGGAAAAGAGGUUUGAAAUCGCUCUGAUAUGACGUUUCCUUUUGAAUAUGUAUGAUUUCAAAUGUGUUAACUGCCAAGGUUUUCAUGCUAUCUUUCUCACCUAAUCAGUUUCUAAAGAAUGAGGAAGAGGCUCAGAGGUCUAUUUAAGCCAUGGAUUUAUUGUUUCUGAAUCUGGUAUUCUUUGGAGUAUACAUUUUAUAGCAGAUUAUACAUAUACAUAUAUUUUGUAUGUAUGCCUGCAUGUAAGCCAUGGUCUUUUUAUGCACUAUUUUCUGUCAUUAGAGCAUAGUAAAAUGCAUACAGUGGGUUUUUAAAUAAAUAUUGAUUUGAUUGACUCUUAGAAA